ACGAGAUGGCUUUCGUAUCGUUCCGACAUAGAGUCCUGAUUUCGGAGGAUACUAUCAGCUGAUUUGUACGUGUGCGUGUUUGUGUGUAUUUUAUUGUAGAAUAUAUACAAAACUACAAAAAUAGAAAAAUAUGUGUUAAAUGAUAUAGAAGUUAAGAAAAAAAAAAUGUGUUUAUAAUGCGUAAAUUCCUAAAGUUAACCGAGUGAUAAAUAUACAACAUACAUAAAAAUAGAUUUGAAAGUGGUGUAAAUUGUAGAUCCCGAUUUUUUUUUACUACAAAAUAAUAACAAGAAGCAAGAACUACAACAACAAGAAAAGGGAACUUCAACGUUACACAUAAUAAAUUAAAGACAAAAAAAAAUAAGAACACAAGCGGAGAAUAAAUAAAAGACAAGGCGGACGGUUUAAAGUAUUUAUAUAUUUAAAUAAGUUUGCAACGGAUUACAUCACAAUAAAACACCACCACAUCACUGCUAUCACACACCAUCACAAUGCAUAUAGAAAUUCAGGUCGCAUUAAAUUUUGUUAUAUCGUAUCUGUAUAAUAAACUGCCACGGCGACGAGUCAACAUAUUUGGUGAGGAGCUAGAAAAAGCAUUAAAAGACAAAUUCCAAGGACAUUGGUAUCCUGAAAAGCCUUUCAAGGGCUCAGCAUUUCGCUGUUUAAAAACAGGAGAUCCAAUUGAUUCAGUGCUAGAAAGAGCGGCUCGUGAAAGUGGCGUACCCAUUUCUGAUAUCCUAGAAAAUCUUCCAUCAGAAUUAUCAGUAUGGGUUGAUCCUGGUGAGGUAUCAUAUCGAAUUGGUGAGAAGGGUGCAGUUAAAAUUUUAUACUCUGAAAACAAUGACAACCAUGAAGACUCAUCAUCAGCCGAUCGUGAAGUAACAAAAACAUUUAAUCCGGAAGCACAAUGUUUUCGGCCAAUCGAUGCUGUUAGCUCAAGUAUGAAUGGACUUAGCUUGAGUCCGAAAACAUCACCACAUUCGGGCUCAUCACCCGCUUCGUCUACUAGUCCAACAUACAAAGGUAGUCCGAAUCCAGCUGGUAAUUUUCUAGCGCGCUCACAAGCGCCCUUGACAUUUACCACAGCCACAUUUGCCCAAACUAAGUUUGGUAGCACAAAAUUAAAAACCAGCUCUAAGCGAGCUAACAGCUCAUACAGAAUGUCACCAACGGAAUUCUCCAACUAUAUCAAACAAAGGGCAAUGCAACAGCAGUUUCAUCAUUCCCAUGGUCCAGCUGCACCAAGUAAUCACUUCGGCCCAAUAGGACCAUCAUCUCCAUCAAGAUCUCUCUCACCAAAUCCUCUCGGUUUGGGCAUUGGCCAAAAUGAUCCUUUCUAUUUCCCCAACAUCGGCAUGGGCAUCUACCCACAAUUCAAUGGACACCGAAAUAUCUUUGAUUCUCAUUUCCAUGCUGAAAACAAUGGCAUCUACAAUGGCAGCAAUAAUAGUGCCAAUCCUAUUGGCAAUGGUACUACACCAAAUGGUCAUGGUAAAUUCUCAUCAUACAUUGAACCCCACGGAUUUUAUGGUCUCAACAAUCAAUUACCACAACAACAACAGCAGCAGCCAUUGCAACAAAAUGGCAACUCAAAUAAUAUUAAUGGUGGAGGUAAUCUCAACAACAAUAGUAAUGCCACAAUGCCAAAUAAUAAUGCCAAUAACAAUGUAUCGGCUGCAAUUUCAGCUGCUGUUGGUACUUUAACAGCAGCUGCAGCUGUAGGUGCAAGUGCUAAUUCAGCUGGUGUAAGCUCUGCAAAUGGACAGCCACAACAACAACAACAGCAAGCUGUUUCACCAAUGAGCUCACCUGGCUCUGGCGGAAAUCAGGACUCGAACAAUUCAAAAUUGAUUGAUGGUCUCAAUUCGUUUUAUUCCAAUGCAACAGGACCUUAUCAGCACCUUUUGGUUGCUAAUUAAAUAUUUAAGUUGUGAAAGUUUAUUUUAAUUUUUUUUUUUAAUUAAUUCAUUAAUUUUUUUUAUAUAAUCUAUUGAAUUCGCUAUAAAUAAUAAUAAUAAUAUAUAUAAAAAUAUAUAAUAUAUAUCUUUUAAUCUUAUUUUUUGUAAUUUUUCACAUAUAUGUACCUAUAAUUCAAAAAACAAAAAAAAAAAUAUGUUAUGGAAAAUAUUGUUAUCUAGGAAAAUAUAUAUAUUUUUUUUUUAUUUUUUACGCGUUAUUUUUUAUAUAGAAAAAUCAUAGAUUAAAAAACAUAAACCUUAAGAUUUAAUUUUUUUUUAUUAAACUAUCUUACUGUUAUUUAUUAUAAAAUGAUUUAUGUUGUUUAAUAAUUUUUUUACUAUUAUUUUUUUUAUUUCACCCUAAAUAAAAAAAUCAGUGAAUGGCAUUAAAAAUGGAGAAGUUAAACGCGAGUUACCCACCAAAAAAAAAAAAAAGAAAACUUAAAUUAUUUAUCUUUAUGAGAACAAAAACAAAAAAAAAAACAGCUAUGAAUUGAUACAAAUAGAGAAAAAAAAUGUCCACUGUGAAUAGUGUUAAGAUAUUUGACCGAAAUAUGUAUAAAAAAAAAUCAUUAUAUUAAACAUUUUGUAUGACUACUAAAAACAAAAAUAAGUAAAACAAAAAAAAAAAAUAAGACAAAUUUUGAAUGUAUUGAAUUAAAUUUAACAUAUUAUAAUUUUUUACCUUUUUUACUUAACACAAAUUAAUAAAAAAAAAAUACAAAAAAUAAGAAUAUACGUAAAAAUAAAUAUAUUUUUAUAACAUUGGUGAGAUAAAUAUAUAUUAAAACAAAUAUAAAGAUAAAAAAAAGAAUAAGUAUGGACGAAUACACAUUAAUAAAAUUUAUUAAUCACAGAUAUUUUUUUACACAUUUUCAUAAGUUUUAAAAUAAAUAUAAGUUUUAUUUUAUUUUUUUUUUUUUAUUUUUUCUACCGAGAGAAUUGAGGAGUUAAUUAAAAUUCGCAAAUAUAUCUUUCUUUUUGUAUUCAUUAAAAUCUAAUAAAAAAAAAUACUGGCAAUCUUAAAUUUAACAAACACAAAAUUAAUGUUGUAUAUAGUAGCUACAUUUCAGCUUCUUCUAAUUUUGCUUAUAAAUUAUUAUUUUAUUUCGAAUAUCUUUUUAGAAAAAAUAAAAAAUAAAAGCAAACAAUUCUUUUUUUGUAUACAAAAUUAAAGCGAAUUUUCUACUCCCUUCAAAAUCUCACAAAAAUUUCUUAAAAAAAAUUAUUUAAGUUCUAUUGUUAAAUUAAUUUUAAUUAUUUUUCACCUAAAUUAAAAAAAAAAAUAUAGUUAUAAGGCAAACAAAGAGAAAAAAAAAUAUUAAAUAAAAAAACAAAAUGAAUAAAUAAGAAAAAAUUAAAUACAACACAUUUUAUGUACCUAUGUAGACUUUAUCUUUUUGUAUUUUUAUACCAAUUUUUUGUAGAAUAUUCAUUAAUAUUUAUAUUACAAGUUAAACAACAACAACAAACAAAAAAAAAAGAUAUACAAGAUAAUAGAAAAAAUAC